AUGGCUUCGUGGCGCGAUGAGUAUGUUCAGGCUCUGCAGGAGAGGGACCAACGGGAACGGGCAAGCUAUCAAAGACUAGACGAUGAUCUGAUAGCAGCUUAUACAAAUCUCCUUGAUCGCGCCACUGCCCUCGAAGCAGAGAAAGCUGCCAAUACCUCCUCAGUCGAAACUACCAAAGCCCGAGAGUCGACGUCCACUCCAAACCCGAACGAUGGCUCAGCGCAACUCAGAAAGGACCUUGCGGAAGCCUUGCGCUCCAACGGUCAAUUACAAUCACGGGUCAAGGUUGCCGAGGCAGAGCUUGUCAAGUUGAAGGCCAAGAGCAAGACGGACUCGAGGCUGAUAGACGAUCUUUCCAAAGAGCGGGGUUAUCUUAGCCAAAAACUCAAGGAUAGAGACGAGGAAUCGCGGGGCAAGACCAAGCUUUUGGAUGAUGUUCAUGACGAAGUCAUCUCUCUCAACUUACAGCUCAAUAUGUCUGAACAACGAAAUAAGGAUCUCAGAUCCGAGAAUAAAGAACUGAUCGACCGAUGGAUGGCUCGGAAAGGUCACGAAGCGGAAGAGAUGAAUAGAACACUACAAGAUCAACUCGAUAGACGAUAG